AUGAAGCCCAAGGAGUUCACGGAGAAUGACCCGUAUGCGGACCCUCAAAAUUUUAUCGAUGAGUUACAGAAGAUUUUCAGGGUCAUACAAGCUACAGUCAGGGAAGCAGUGGAGUUUUGUACCUUCCAACUCAAGGGUAUGGCUCACUUAUGGUAUGAAUUAUGGGAGAUGUCCUGCGGUGAGGAUGCUUCUCAUGUUACUUGGGAGGAGUUCGAGUCCGCCUUCAUUGACAAUUUUCUGCCAGAGUAUGCUCCUCACAUGGUCAAAGACAUAAGAGCUCGAGUCUGCCACUUUGUGUUGGGACUCAGUCCAGAGCUUUACGGUCCUGCAAAGAUAGCGGCUCAGAACAAAGACAUGACCAUCACUAAGAUGUUGACUUUUGUGAAAGAGAACGAAGAUGAUAUGAAAGCAGCAGAGAAAAUUAACGCCGUUAAGAACUGGCCUAGACCCACUUCAGCAUCAGACAUCAGAAGUUUCUUGGGUCUGGCAAGUUGUUACAGGCGUUUUGUUGAGGGAUUUUCCUCUAUCUCAGCUCCGUUGACUAGGUUGACUCAGAAGAAGGCCAAAUUCCAAUGGUCAGAUGCAUGUGAACAGAGUUUCGAGGAGUUGAAGAAGAGAUUGACUUCUGCUCUAGUAUUGACGUUGCCAGAAGGAACCGAAGGGUUCAUAGUUUAUUGUGAUGCUUCAGGAGUUGUUUUUGGCUGUGUUUUAAUGCAGCAUAGUAAAGUUGUGGCUUAUGCAUCUGGACAGCUUGAGGCGUAUGAGAAGAAUUAUCCGACUCAUGAUCUAGAAUUGGCAGCUGUGGUUUUUGCACUUGAGAUAUGGCGUCACUACUUGUAUGGAGUGCAUGUAGACAUUUUCACCGAUCAUAAAAGCCUGCACUACCAUGCUAGUAUUAGGAUGGCACUGUUUGAAGCACUUUAUGGGCAGAGGUGUAGAUCACCGAUUGGUUGA